CACUCAAUUAUCACAUAUCCAAGAAAAGCCCCGGAGGGGGGUUUUAGUUUCGCUCGCGUUCUACUCGCCCUUUCCGCUCACACUCAAUCAUCACACAUCGAAGAAAAGCCCUCCAUGUUGCUCACCAAGCUCUCCCGCCAAAAGCCAAACCCACUCGCACUCCUUCUCACGCGCCACCUCUCCAACCCCUCGAAACUCCACGACCGCUACUCCUUCAAACCCCCACCAUCCCUUUCCCCAAACCCCCAAGACCAUAACCCUAACCCUGAUCAUAUCCCCAAGAAAAAACAGAAACCCCAGUACCGCCCGCUGUCGUCCCUCGACCGUACGGGUCAGAAGCCGAUACAUUCUGAUUUGCCCUUCGAUUUCAGGUACAGCUACACCGAGAGCAACCCGGCUGUGAGGCCCAUCGGGCUGCGGGAGCCCAAGUACUCGCCUUUUGGGCCGGGCCGAAUCGACCGCGAGUGGAUCGGAGUGUGUGCCCCGGCCGUGGACUCGAAGGUGCGCUCGGUGGAGGGAGUGGAGGACGACCCGAAGUUGGAGGAGAAGAGGAGGAGGAGGAGAGAGAAGGUUCAGGGAGAGCCUCUCAGUCCGGCUGAGAGGAAAAUCUUAGUGGAAAAGUGCCAGAGGCCCAAAACCAAGAGGCAAAUUAAUUUGGGGAGAGAUGGUUUAACUCACAAUAUGCUGAAUGAUAUUCAUAACCAUUGGAAAUUCGAUGAGGCAGUGAGGAUAAAAUGUAUAGGUGUUCCGACUGUUGACAUGAAAAAUGUUUGCAAUCAGCUUGAGGACAAAACCUUUGGAAAAAUCAUCCACAGACAUGGUGGUGUACUUGUAUUAUACAGAGGCAGGAACUAUAACCCCAAGAAGAGGCCCGUGAUUCCAUUAAUGUUGUGGAAACCACACGAGCCUGUAUAUCCCAAGCUGAUCAAAACUACAAUUGAUGGCCUAAGCAUUGCGGAAACAAAGGAAAUGAGAAAGAGAGGAUUAGCUGUCCCUGCUUUAACAAAACUUGCCAAGAAUGGUUAUUAUGGUAGUUUGGUAUCCAUGGUCAGAGAUGCUUUUCUCUGCUGUGAGCUGAUUCGGAUAGAUUGCCAGGGAUUUGAGAAGAGUGAUUACAAGAAAAUAGGCUGCAAACUUCGGGAUCUUGUUCCUUGCAUCCUGGUGACAUUUGAGAAGGAACAGAUUGUGGUUUGGAGAGGGAAGGGCUAUAAGCCUCCAGAGGAUGGAUACUUCCUUCCAGAUCGAGAACUGUUUGAUAGUCCAGAAGGUCAUUUGGGUUCUGGAGCAGAGGUGUGUGAUAAGUCAGAAUCAGAUGGUAACAGUAGCCUAAAAGAAUUCUCGUCUUGAGAAGAUGAGUAGUCACUUCAUUGCUGCAAAUACAAGUGCCACCUGGGUGUUGUUGGUUGGAGACUCAGAUUUGAUCGAACUUUCCCUCUCCCGAUAGCAAAUUUGGAAUUCAUGCAGAGCCAAAUGGAGGCAGUCCAGAAUAUCCUGGAAAUAGUAUUUGGGGUGAACUUGUGGGUUGUGCAGUGAGGAAACAGCUGAUUGAAACUAGAUGGCAAGAUCUAAACUGUUCCCUCUCGUCGCAGCACAAAAUGGAAAAAGAAAACGAGUGUCAACUGAAGUAUUGAGAUAAGGUGACAGACGGGGUAAGAAUUGUAGAGUUUCUUUGGAUCCGAUUUUCACCAUCUGUAAGCUGCCCUCCAUGUAAGAUAGUGAUUCCAUGAAUCCGACUCUCAUUUGGUGGAGAUACCAACCCCAGUUCUGCAAUGGUGUGCUAUUAGUUGUAGCUUUGUUUAUCAAGGCAUUGAUCAUGUUUUAAAUUCUAAUUAGAUUUGUACGAAAGUGACUCUGCAAGAAUCCAACUGCCUCCAAUUCUCUAUGAUGAUGAUGGGGGUUGCUGUAUGCGCAUAUGUCUCGGUUUCACUUUGUUCGUCUGUUGAUUCUAUUCUAUAUACCGCGUGCUUACUUUUUCUGA